CUGCGAUUGGCUGGCCCGGGAUGGAGUAGGCGCAUGUGCUGCUCUUUAGACCCGGUUGGCCCUUUGCCGCUGUUCGCUCUAACGCGCUUUCGGGCGCAUGAGUUAUUCUGCCCAUGUUUCGGGUAGUGUUUCGGGGGCUUAAGCGCUCGGUCCUGCUGGGGCUGCAUAGUCGGGCCUCUGCUCUGGGAAGUCGCGGCUGGUGUAACAGUAGCGGCGAUGGCGAAUGGCGCCCCGGACGUCCGCGUGCCGAGAGCGGCCGUGUAUGCUUCACGACCCCCAUCUUCUACGUGAACGCGGCACCGCAUAUCGGACACUUGUACUCUGCGCUGCUGGCCGAUGCUUUGGCCCGCUACUGCCGUCUCCGGGCAGCUGCGCCGCCGGUUACGAGCCCCGCCGCUCCCCUCGUUCGUUUUUCCACGGGCACGGACGAGCACGGACUGAAGAUCCAGCAAGCUGCCACUGCAGCGGGCCUGACCCCAUCUGAGUUGUGUGACCGGGUGUCCGCCCAGUUCCGGGCGCUCUUCCAGGAGGCCGGCAUCUCUAUCACCGACUUCCUUCGCACUACGGAGGCUAGGCAUCGGCGCGCAGUGCACCACUUCUGGGAGGUCCUGCACGCCCGGGGGCUGCUCUACAAGGGACUUUAUGAGGGCUGGUACUGUGCCUCAGAAGAGUGCUUCCUGCCUGACGGCAAAGUCACCUGGCGCCCGGGCCCCAACGGGCAAAGCCACCCGGUGGCCCUGGACAGCGGGCAUCCAGUCUGUUGGAUGAAAGAGGAAAACUAUAUCUUCAGACUUUCCCAGUUUAGGGAGCCCCUCAGGCAGUGGCUUCAGGAUGACCCCCAGGCCAUAACUCCUGAUCCUUUCCGCAGCACAGUUCUAAAGUGGCUAGAAGAAGACUUGCCAGACCUCUCGGUAUCUCGGAGUAAUAGCCAUUUGUACUGGGGCCUCCCUGUCCCUGGAGACCCAACACAGACCAUCUAUGUGUGGGUUGAUGCCUUGGUCAAUUACCUCACUGUCAUAGGUUACCCUGAUUCGGAGCAGGAGGCCUGGUGGCCUGCCACCCACCACAUCAUAGGCAAAGAUAUCCUUAAGUUUCAUGCCAUUUACUGGCCAGCUUUGCUCUUGGGGGCUGGGAUGACCCCCCCUCAUCGCAUAUAUGUACAUUCCCAUUGGACAGUACAUGGCCAGAAGAUGUCCAAGAGCCUGGGCAAUGUGGUUGAUCCUUUGAGUUGCUUGGAUCAGUUUACUGUAGAUGGAUUUCGUUACUUCCUUCUAAGGCAAGGUGUCCCCAAUUGGGACUGUGAUUACUAUGAAAAGAAAGUAGUCAAGUUACUUGAUGCUGAGCUGGCAGAUGCACUGGGGGGGCUCCUGAAUCGAUGUACUGCCACUAGCCUAAAUCCUACUGGGAUCUUCCCAGUAUUCAGCACCUCCUGUUUCCCUUCUAUGGAGGAUAUAAUGGCAGCUCCCACAAAAGCCCAACCAGAGGACUAUGCUUUGGUGAAGGCAGUGUCAGCUUUACCCCUACAAGUGGAGAAUUACUAUGAAAAUUUUCAGAUCUACAAGGCUUUGGAGGCAGUAUCCACUUGUGUCCGGCAAACCAAUGGCUUUGUCCAGCGGAAUGCACCUUGGAAGCUUAAUAGGGAAAAUUUGGCUGAUGCUCAGUGGCUAGACACAGUGCUUCAUGUGACACUAGAGUGUCUUCGAGUCUUUGGACUAUUACUUCAGCCAGUUACCCCAGCACUAGCUGACAAGCUUCUUUCCAGGCUGGGUAUCUCAGAAACUGAGAGGGGCCUUCAGAACAUAUACUUCCUUCCUCGAUAUUAUGGACAGCCUUGUCCCUUUGAAGGGAGAAGACUAGGACCUGACACUGGGCUUUUGUUCCCAAGACUGGACAAAUCUAAAGCCCGGGUGGCAAAAAUUCACAGUACUUAGAUGUCUAUUUUUAAAAAUUGUGUUUUAAAAGUCAGGAAAACAUCCUUGAUGUGUUAUAGAGUUAGGUAGAUAGUUUCUCAAAUGACUUCUCCAGGGGGUUAGGAAGUAUGAUGUGGAGCUAGUACCAGGUUGAGGGAGUUUAUAUUAGUUGAGGUGCCUAGUUCCUGUAUUUUCUAAUUCCUUGAACCAUUAACCACUUUCUUCUGUAUUGGCAACUUGAGUAUGGGAUAGGGAGGAGUGGGGAGAUAAAAGAGAGUUGCUGGUACUUUACACCUAAUUAUGUCAUCCCCUGAGCCACUGCCAACAUUUCUGGCCAAAUAAAUUAAAAUUGGUAAGUAUUUACUCAGACUACCUCACUUCUUUUUGGAUCCCUGGGACUUCUGUUGUUAGGCAAAAUCGCUCAAAAGUUUUUUAAGCUAGGUGUUCAGGAUUCAAACAUCCUUGGUUGCUCUUCCAAACAAAAGUUAAAUAUUAUGAAUUAAUCUUUGACUUUUUUUUGGGGGGGGCUUCACUCUGCAUUUCCAUUUUUUGGCUCCUCUAGUAGUCUCAGAAUGAUUUAACCCCAAAUUCCUUAUACUUGUCUUUUCUCAUUCCCUAAUAUUCCUUCUUUACCUAGUAUCUUCCCCAGUUCAUUUUUUGAACAACCUAAAAGUCAUGGUUUACAUUCUAAACUGUGGUAGCCAUUUUUUGGUUAUUAGAUCUGAAAUAAAGGUUUAUUUACAUUUACACAGUGUAGUCCCUUACUUAAAUAAAUGCACUUUAAAAUGGUUUAUCUCAGUUUAUCUUGCUCACAAAGUGGUUAAGCCUGUUGGAGCUGAGAGCAAAGGGAUUGCAGACUGCCUUUUGGUUGUAGACAUGUACUAUGUUGGUUUCUGACUGAAAUCCCACUGGUACUACCCAUCUACCCAUUUCUAUAGCACUUUCCUGCUAGGAUCCUCUUACCACUGCAGUAAUUAGUGUGCUUGAGAUUCAGUGGAUAUUGUUGGUCUUGGAGACAGCAAUACCUGAAUGUAAAUCUUGAGUAUCCCCAAUCCCUGAAUAUUUUUUUUUCAUUGAGCUGCAUGAAGGGCUUCAAACAGUUUAAAGAUGGCAUUAUAUCAGGUGUACAGACUUGGUUUAUGGGGAAUUCUUUGAGGGGCACUAACUGAUAUGAAUGAGUGCAGUUGUGUGACCUUGGGCAGGUUACUUUUCAAGUCUCAACAUGAUGAUCUCCUAGGCCCUUUUCAGCACUAAAACUCAGUCCUUUGAUCCCAAGUCAUGACCUUGACCAGUGACCACAAGAUGUUUCAAUUUAGGCAAUAGGUUGAAUGAAAUCUUUAUUAAUUGGAAAUUACCUAAUUAGCUGCAUUGAUAUAACUGCUUAAAUAUACUGAUAUAAUGUGCAAAUGUGAGCUCUCAUUAUCUCUGCAGUUAACUGGCAUUAUAAUCCAUCUCUCAAAUGAACAGGCCUAUCUUAAAGAACAGCUUGUAUGUGGGAAUCCUUCGGUGGAAGGUUUUGAGGUGCUUGGUGAGAGAAAAUGAGAUACUGCUUAAUGGAAGAAAGUGUGUCAUCAGAACUCGAGAGGCAUGGUAGUGGAUUAAGAAGUGUCAAACUUGAAAUCACUUGAGUUUGAAUCUUUGCUUGGCCAUUUAAUAUAUUUGUAACCUUUGGCAAGCUCUCCAAGUGUUUGCUCCUUCAUGAAAAAUGAGUGGAUUGGUUCAGCUUUUUCCCUGUUGAGGGGCAGGCUGGUUAUGUUAGAAGGGGUUUGGGUGAGUCAGGGAAUACUGUAGUGCUUAUUGGAUAUAGCUGUGAAUUAAGAGGCAUGUAAACUAGUCAGCAAUGGGUUGUUGUCCCAGUUCCAAUUCAAUAUAACUAGCAUUUACUAAGUGAGGACUAUGUGUAAAGACCUGGAGCUACAAAGAGACUGAGACUAGUAACUUUCCAAUAGAGAAACUCCCUCUGCCAGUGCAUUAUGACCCUUUAAAAAAGACUAAGGUAUGGGGGGCACAGAGAGGUUAAAUUAAUUACCAAGCAUGAUACAACCACUGGGAGUCAGAGAUAGAACUUGAACUUAGGUUUUCCUAUCUCUGAGGCCAGUUCUCUGUGCCUGGCACGAUGUUGCAUCAGGAGACUACAAAAACAGAAACAAAAUAUUUUUGCAUUCAAGGAGUAGAACACUGGGGUUAAAUAGAAACAUCCCUGCAGGGCACAUACUGAUUUAGAAGAUCACCAAUUAACAUUAAGCUGUAUUGCAUUUAUUUAUUUUGUUAAAUAUUUUCCAAUUUUAAUCUGGUUUCUGCUGUAGCACUUGGAAGUUUUGUUGAUUGGAAUUUGCUAGCUGGUGGCACCUCGGCUGUACAAAGCAUGCAAUGUGGUGAAACAAGACUCUGGAUGGCUUUGGAGUCAGAUGACUUGGAUGUUAGUGCCAAUGCUGUUUAAAAAACAAAAACAAAAAAAACCCCUACAACUAAAAAAACUCCCCAAUAGCCCAGCCCCAAACCCAACCAUGCCCUCCUCCACUUACCCCAUGAGAAACUGAGAAACUCAGCAAGUCAUUUGAUCUUGUUUGGUCUCAGUUUUCUCAUCUGUAAAAUGAGGAGGCUGGCAGAGAAGAUUUCUUAAGCCCCUUCACAAUUAAAUUUCUUACAGGUCAACUGGAUUUUGCUACAACCAUAUAAACCAUAAAAGAAGAGGAUAUAUUAUAAGAAAAAACAAUAAGUGGUACAUCUGAGUAUUUUAGACCCAUUGCCUGACUAAUUUUAAGCCGUCAUGACUCCCUUUGAAGCCAUAGCCACCUACCAGCAGGGCUGAAUACACCUUCAUGAGGCUGCCUUGUAAUCCUGAAAAAAACACUGCAAGACUCACUCAAAAAACUAUAGCAGCAUGUAAUUACUGGAAUCCAGAAAGGACCACACACUAAUGGAAACACAAAAAGCGUAAAGAUAGUCUUGGAGCCCUGGCAUGGAUAAUCACACAAGAGUUUAAAUCAGACCAAGCAAAUUGGUCAUAAAUGUCAUCUUUCCUUUGUUAUUUCCUUGUGGAAAGGCAUUUUGUAACCAUGUGAAAAUGGUAUGCCAUUAAAAUGUACAAAACUGU